GCCAGUUGCAGCCAUCCAAACAUCCUAAUGCUGAAAUAGGACAGAGUGAAAUAUUGGUUUCCUGGCAGAGUUUCCCACCUCCAUUCCUUCACUGAAAUUUUAUCCUUUUUAUAAGAAACUAGUGCCUCAAUCCAUCAUUCGAAUUAGUAUAAUGAAAACAUAUAUUUUUGUCGAUGUAAAAAUAAGUACGUUCAUUCAUGUUGUUUUGUGUAUCGACGGUUGUUAUUGAAUUUCACUCGUUCGUUGUGAGGAAAUCGAAUACGAAAAGAAAUGUAGGCAACUACGUCCUUCAUUGAAGAAAUAUUAUGUGUGAACUUCAAUCGACGAUUGAAUUCUCCGUGGAACUUCAUAAAUUUUACAAUGUCGAUUUAUUUCAGAGAGGCAUGUACCAAGUUCGAUGUUCGCUACGUGUGACGUCAAAAUUUACCUCAGAGAUCGAGAUAUUAACGCCAGAAAUCGCAACAAGCCUUGGUUCAGGAGUUAUUAUCGGAACUUAUGGAGCUAGCAGACCAUUUCAAAUUUUAUACAGGAACGAAGAAGUUACUUUGAAGGAUGUUGUUAUGUUUAGAUGUCAUAUUCUCAUUGACGGGAAUAACUUGAAGGAAUCUUUGGAGAAGGUCGAGUUUUCUCUAGCUGUAGAAUUAUGGUUCAGCGAUUCUUCCCCAGUCACCAUGGUUCUGGUGUCUUCGCGUUUACUUCAAUUGAAUUUUUCACCAAUUGACGGCCUACAUUACCACCUACCAGUGUUGUUCGACUAUUUUCACUUAUCUGCGAUAUCACUGACCAUUCAUGCAACAUUGACGGCCUUACAUCAACCAUCAUUGAAAAAAGGCAUUCUGAGAUAUAUGAAGAGCUGCGCACCUAAAUCGACUAAGUCAUGGGCAAGACCUCGUCCUAUGCAAUGCUCUUUACUAACUGAUCCCGUCCUUCCUUUGAGUAGUAAUAAGGUUAAUACGAGAGUAAAUGAUUAUUCACAAAUACAGUUGGAGGCAUAUAACCUUUUGAUAGAUGCAAGCAAUAAUUUGAAAACCACUAUUAAGGAGUAUAGGAUAUUGUUGGUCCAGAGGGAAGAAGCAACAACGGAAAUACCGAAUUAUAUGUACAAUUUGAAGAAAACCCCAAAAAGAAAUGUUCCUUUCAGAGAUAGUUCUCCACUAACCGAAUUAUGUGCCGAAAAUAUAAAAUUAUGGAAUUAUUUUUUACUGCAUUAUUCUUGUAAAACAGCUAUUCAACAGAAGUUGAGCAAAAAACAUCACAGCAUGAGAGUGAGGAGAUUUUCUGAAUUUUUUUUCUUGGUUUACAAUCCCCGAGGAUCUGCCAUAGGAAGCUUCGACACAAAUUAUCAGAAGUACCUAGUUAUCGCAGAAAUAGGAAGAAGAUCUAAAUAUAUGCAGACCUUGCCCUCCCUCCCUGUUCAGUGCACUGCCUUAGACGGAGAAAGUUCCACGAUGCCAAUAAUCUUUGAGGAUCAAUAUCAAGAUUUCACAGAAGGUCUACAAGAGUCUGCACGGCAUCUUCAUCUGCAAACAGGAAACGAAAGAGUUCCUACAACCAGAAUUUGUUCACAUGAAAUAUCAUCUAAAAGAGAUAAAAAAUGUUCGAAAAAAAGACUGAUUAUCACAGAUUCUUGUGAUUUCGCCGUGAACACACAAAGAGCAAAAAUUCCCACCAUACAUAGCAAAUCUCUUGAUCAUUUACGGAUAGAGAAAAGAAACUGGUUUCACCAUUCCUGGAAUGAUUCAUUACCUCCCCAAACCCAUAACCGAGAAAACGAUAUUACCUUCCACCGAAACACUCACGAAAAAGUGUGUAAAAAAAGAUGUAACAUUGAUGCAACGAACGGAAGGGUAUAUUCGGUUGAAAAUUUGAAUAGGGAAAAGAGAUGCAUAUGUUCAUCAUCGAUGAAUCAGGAUGCGAAAUCAACAAAAGUGGGUUACAGUUCUUCUCUACAGAAUUAUGUGCACAUGUUAGAAAAGGAAACCUGGAUAACAAAUGGAAAGGAACAAAAUGGAAUUACCGAGAUUUCGACCGAGAAAAAGGAUAAGAAAUCUGGCCAAAAACUCAUCAAAUCGCUCAGCGAAACAUCAAAUGCUAAUAUAAAAAGUCUACCUUGCUCCAACUCAGUACCACAUUUUACAUCCAAUAAAUUUCUCGUGGACGGCGUGAAUCACAGGGUGGAUAAAACUAACAAAAACGCUAUUAUCAGAAGUUCUUCCACUAAAGGAAUAUCAUCAAUUAGACUGACAAAUAAACAUCAUAGACAACGAGAAAUCAAAUAUUCGAAGCACAAAACUAAAUCAAAAAAUGGAGCAAAUAUUAGUUCUAGCAGUUCGGUAGAAAGCUUGCCUUGUUUCAAAAAGAUUAGUGGUUGGAAUUUAGGUUUAGCGGAUGAUGCGAAAACCAUCAGGAAAUCAAAGAGUACCUCAGAUUUAGAUAAAGAGACAGUUCCUCCAUUCGUGUUACAUUCAGAAUCACUGCCUUAUUUAUUCCCGAAAUUGAAUAGUAGAUUAUCAUACUCAAACGUAAAAUAUCUGAGUUCCUCAUCAAGUGAGCAGAGUGGCUGGUUAAGUUCCAGAAGUAGCUCAUCAAGUUUGGACAUACGUAUCAGAAAUGACGUUGGCGAUUAUCGAGAGGAAGAACAUAAUAAUAUAUGCCAACCGACAAGUUCAAGAGACGGGUCAUCCUCGGCUGGGGUUGCCGAAGAUAGAAGGUUUAAUAAUGUACCUAAUAAUCAUGUGGAACUUUUUUCCGAGGUUCUCCCAAAUAAAGGCUGUGAUAUAUAUAAUCAAAGUAAUAUAUACGAUGGUAUUGCUUUGCUACCUCCAAAACAAUUCAGGGACCUAGAAUCUAUCAGUAGUCCUAUCGCAAACGGCACUAACAAUGGGGAUGAACUGACUGGAUUCGAUAACCCUGUAUAUCAUUUAAUUCCUUCUCUUUUUGAGAGAAAACCAAAUCCCUAUACUUAUAAGAAGAGCUUACAGACUGAAGAAAUCAGUUUCUAUAAGGGCACUAAUGUGGAAAAUGAAAAUGCGUUCAGAAAGGCCAAAUCGGAAUUCAGAAAUCAACUGAAUUUUCCUGGAAUAUUGUAUUCUGAUUUGAACAUGUUCGCCUCGACCGUUCCUUAUUUCCAUGUCAGUGACGAGUUCAGAAUAUUCUCACCAGAAGGGAUGCAUCUGAUUGUAUGUGUUCAUGGCUUGGAUGGAAAUUCAGCCGACCUUAGAUUAGUGAAGACUUACCUAGAGUUAGGUUUACCAGGUGCAUAUCUAGAUUUCCUUAUGUCUGAAAGAAAUCAAGGUGACACUUUCAGCGAUUUUGAUACCAUGACUGAUCGUUUGGUCAACGAGAUUAUAACCUAUAUAGAUUCUAAUAGUAUUCGUCCAACAAGGGUGAGUUUUGUGGGCCACUCUCUCGGAAAUAUCAUCAUCAGAUCAGCACUAACAAGACCAAAAUUGAGGUUCCUAUUACCAAGACUGCACACUUUCUUAUCACUUUCUGGUCCACAUCUGGGAACCUUGUACAAUUCGAGUGGAUUAGUGAAUAUGGGUAUGUGGUUCAUGCAAAAAUGGAAAAAAUCAGGUUCACUCCUACAAUUAUGCCUCAAGGAUACUACUGAUUGGAGAAGAUCUUUUUUGUAUACGUUGAGUCAAAAAAGUACAAUACACCAUUUCAAGAACAUUCUGCUCUGUGGAUCAGGACAAGAUAGGUAUGUACCUCUUCAUUCUGCAAGAAUAGAACUGUGCAAGGAAGCCAUAAAAGACACGUCUCAACAAGGAGCUAUUUUCCGAGAAAUGGUACACAACAUAAUGUCGCCAAUAAUUUCAAAAAAAGAUGUUAAUCUCCUCAGAUAUGAUAUCCAUCAUGCCUUACCAAAUACGGCGAACGCAUUAAUUGGUAGAGCAGCGCAUAUUGCUGUUCUAGACUCAGAACUCUUCAUUGAAAAAUUUAUGGCAGUUGUAGGAAUUAAAUAUUUUCGUUGACUUUACUUACUAUUUGUGGAAUAAAAUUCAUGGUAAACCUAA